AUGAAGUGCAACAUCCCCAACUGCGAUCCCUACGACGCGUAUCAUCCGCCAAGCUUCUGGCCUUCUCCACCGCUGCCUCCAACCUCCGCUCUCGUCCGGAUCUUGUUCUCCAAGUUGAAGACUCUCAGAGGCGUUGCCAUCCCGCAAGUGGCUCAACGCGUGAGCAACCUCGUCGGUGCUGCUCCGUGCGAGGAAGCCAUUGUGGGCGCCUGCUUCGUUUCGACCAGUAACGAGACGCUCGACUGGAUCGCCGACCACGUCUGGCACAGGCGACCACGAUGGUACCAGAAAGCUACGCAGAGAAUUAGCCGACGCGUCACCGACUGGGUUAAACGGCGCACGACACCCACCGGCCCCGAGCCUUUAACCAUAGUUCAAGCAGUUGUAGCUACUAAGUUGGGCCAGACGAGGGCUGAUACCAACACAAUGCUACUGGUAGCGCAGAAGAUUGGCGAGAAUCUCGUUGAGUUAACCGACGAUCCCAUCUGGCUCGAAAUCGCAUACAACAACCCGUCCAUCGACAAGGUUGAGCGCAUGGUUUCUCACCUUGGACCCAUGACGGAAGAUCGCUAUUUGUUCCUGCUGGACGCGUGUAUUCAGAGUGGACACAUGCACUUGGUCGGGUGGGCGUGGACCCACCUGGACGCGUACGGGGAACCCGACUAUGAAGCCAUCCAUGACAUUGUGAUCCCGAUCGUGGCAUCCGCUUUGUCGCUGGUUAAGUCCCAAGUCUUGGAUAUGUGCGCGUUUGUCCUCGGUCUUUCGCGCGUUCCUGUCAUCGAUGUCGACGAAUCGUUGCUGAAACUGUUGUCGAGGGGUGUGGAGACUGGCGACUGGGCGGUGGUGCUCUGGGUUUGGAAACAAUUCGGCGAACUGGCAACGUAUCGGUUGGGUAUUUUCAACAUAAUCGUCGCAGCUGUUUCGUCCGGUAUGUUUCCAGAAGCGUCAGACACGUGUGAACGCCUAUUCCGACUCUCCAGCAACUCAGUAAGGCUGGAAGAUUACCAGAUCCGCAUCCUGAGCGUGAAUGGCCAAUGUCCAAGAAUGUCCAAGGCGCUUAAGUGGUUCAUUGAGUCCGGGAUGACUUUGGAGAUCGAUCUGGUGUUUGAGUUUGAGAGUGCAGCGAUUCGUGACUGCGAGUCCGUUCUGCAGGUUUUGAUAGAAGUCAUGGCGGGUCCUAACUUCCGCUAUCGCCUUCGGGAUCAGCUGGACAUGAUUCGAUCGUCGGAGCGAUGCGACCGCGUCAAGGAGUACAUUGACGCUCCUGUUAUUGUCGAGAAACUCUGCGCUGUUAUCAUGGAUAGGUCGGGUUUUGCGUUGAUGGAGAAGGUGCUCAAGACGUUUGCCGAGCUGACCCAGCCAUCGCCGAUUACGCCCAAGAUCGAGAAAGCAAUCGCGAAGCUGGCAGCGAGGUCGAACGAUUUAGAGUUCGUCCGGUUCGCCUACCGCGUUGUGAGCAGCACGAUCUGUCGCGAGGUUUUGCUACCUGAGUGCGCUGCCCGCGGAAGUGAAGCAAUUGUGAGCUGGCUGGAAAUUCAGAUGCCUCAAGCCAAGCGCCAGCGACUGCAGUGA